AUGAACACUAUGGAAAUAGGGGUAACAAAUGUGGUUUGCCUCUCAUCUGAAGCCGUAAGCGAAAAUGCUACUGAGAAUUCGGAAAACAGACGCCAGAAACCGGCCAGUUCCGCAGAGGCAGUUUCCUCUGAUCCUGUGGAUACCUCUGUCGCGAAGUGCUUUCUGAAAUGGCGCAAGUACGUCGUUCUCAUCCUUACACCAAUAGUGUUGGCACCUUUGCCCAUAGCAGUUCCAACAUCGGUAAGCGCAUGAAUUUGGUUGUUUUUUUUUUUUGGUAUAUGGGAAAGGCCAGCUUUGUUAGACUCAUCAAAUUCAGCCCAAGAAAGAUCACAACGUAACGCGUCGAUGUACGUGCUGUUUGAUUUACGGCUGUUUUUAUAAAUCAGUAUUGAGCCUUUCAUGAACACCUCUCGCUUCUCGAGAUGCGUAUGACCCGGCGAUCGUUCAUGAUGCAUGCGAUAUCCAGGACUGAGUAUGGUGUUAUUUACUAGAUAUUUUGCGAAAGCGGCGAGAGUAGCUAUUUCUUAUACAGGAUUUCUCAUCAAUUUUUAAUGUUUGAUUAGAUCUUCCCUACUCCAGCAAAUAAGAUAGUACUUGAAAUUCUUAGGCUUCCGUAGCUUAGCUCUUACUGAUAUUUCCUCGAAUUAUCGUCUUGGAAUAUAUUUAUUUUUAAGACUGAGGCUUGGAAUUCUUACCAUUCGUUGUUCAAGGAUCUGGGGUGUUCUUGAUUUUAUACCGAUUCAGCCCAUGUUAAACACGCAAGGAAUUUUUCAAAACCACGGGACAGACUUAGACAACAAUGGAAAGAAAUGGUCAAAACCAAGCUUACGAGACGUUUGACACUCGACAAAAAUUUUGACGAGCGUUUUUUCUUUUGGACCUUUGACUCUCCCCUUCUAGAAUCAAAUAGCAGCGAAAUCCUGUGGGUGUUUUAAGGGAGUUGACGAUGAUCUAUGCGCUCCAAUCUCAAGGACGAUUUAUCACGGCAUUGAAACGAUGCCAGAGAGUUUAUAAUGUUCGAGAAUACUACUGGUUGUAGCCGCGUUCUGAGAAAGAUUUGGCGAUAGAUACGAGAUUUUACAAGAUGAUGCACAAUCGUACUUUAAGAUCGUUAGCAGUCCAAAGAAGCUCUACACAUUGCAGUUCAGUUCUGAUUUACAAAUGCGUAACAAGAAAAUCAAUUUGUUUAUUUAUCAAAGAGCAAUUUUGGACAUGUUUGUCAAACAAAGUUAAGACUUAUAGGUAAUAAAUGCUAGGCUAGGCAAACAAUGCAAAAUUAAAGAAUUAAUGAUUAUCGAAAAGACUGGGGAAGACUAUAGCGGAUCAUCUAAGAUAUCUCCAGAAAUUAAGGUUAAUGAUGUAUUUGGCCCCAUUUUAAUUUGCAAUAUUUAUCAUUUAUAAAAUGACAGUCUUCACGAAAAUUGCUUAGUGGACCGUGAAAGUAUCUCUACAGAAGAAUCUAUUGUGUUUGGGCUGAUAAAAUUAUGUGAUUUUAAUAUUAGAUGGAAAUUUUAAUGAUGAUACUUCCCUCUCUUCUCUGGGCCAUAUAGGUUGCAGCCAAAGUGAGUCCAUUGCAUUCAUGGCUAAAAAAAAAACCAAUUUUAGAAAGUUGCGUGUCAUGAAUAUAGAUAUUAAAAUUGUUCAAACUAAUCAUCCGUCCAAUGUUCUUAACACAAAAGAUCUUUGAUUAAAUUUCUCUCUUUGGUAAGCGAACAAUGGUAGCUAAAACUAGGAAAUAAAGCAAUGCAUAGUUAUUAUUUCGGUUGGGACAAGAGUUCUUUUUUGUCUAGGACAGCGGGAACUUGAAGCUUGUGCUUUGUAAACAAAAAUAUUCGGUCAGGUCAAUUCUCUUCGACGAAAAGGAAGUUUGGCGGAUGGCUUAAUUUCUAAGGGUUAUAACUAAAGGCUUUUAACUUGCCCCUGUUCGUCAUUUCUACGAAAUCACCGAAACCAUGGAAAGCGCAGGCUUGAUCAGACGACCUAGAAGGAGACACUACGUUUGAGAAUGGGAACAAAGUUAGACUGCAGAAAGAUAUCGGUUGCAUACCGCCUCUUGCGAUUUGCUUCCAUGUUGCCGUUCGCUUUAAAAAAAGGAAAUCCAUUAAUGAUAAAAGAAUCCAACUUGACUGAUGUCUAACUGACCCGUUCUUACUUAAAAGAAGUCAAAGUAACCCACUUCACAGGUUUCUUUUCCCUACUUUUCGAUGAAUAUUUGUGUAUUUCUGUUGCUAGGAAGCCCGCUGUGCGUACUGUAUCCUGAUCAUGGCGGUGUACUGGGUGACGGAGGUUGUGGAGUUGGCCGUCACAGCUCUUCUCCCAUUGGUUCUUUUCCCCUUAUUUGGAGUCCUGGGCUCUAAACAGGUCUCCACUCCUUACUUCAAAGACACUAAUGUUCUGUUUUUCGGCGGCCUAGUCGUAGCUGUGGCUGUUGAACAUUGGAACUUACACAAGCGGAUUGCUCUUCGGGUCCUCUUGCUGGUCGGAACUCAACCACGAAGGUAAUCCUCUUCAGCUUAGUAUAAUGAAUAUGCGGUCUGGAUGGAGUGAUCUAUUCACUUGAAAGACAGACUCGUUUGCAUGAUUCUCUCUGUUCGACCGCCUCCGGGUCAGACUAUGAAUAUGUGAAAAUCAUACGUGUGAACUGCAGUUUUUAAGAAACGAAUAUGAAAGCGAUCUUCUCAGUAAUGAACACUGCUUAAGCAGAAGUGAAAAUAAGGCCUGAAAAAAUUCAGGCUUUUACACGAUUUGAACCCAUGACCUCUACGAUGUCGGUGCAGAGCUCUACCAACUGAGAGCUGGUCAUUAUGUUAGUUUGUAACAAACUUGUGAAUUGAUGAAUCAACGACUGUGAAUUUAACUGGAAAUCGUAUAUGUGACCUGCAAGUAAUUUUUAAGAAAUGAAUGUGAAGGUGAUCUUAUCAGUUAUGUCAGAACACCACUUAAACAGCAGUAAAAAUGAGGCCUGAAAAAAAUUCAGGCCGUUAAGGAGUAUUUUUCGUUUCCGCAAUAUAAUCGUAUGUCAUUAACAGGGUCAAGUGGUAAUUGUUGGUCAGUUGUUUCAAUAUUUUAGUCUCCAAUUUAUCCAAGUUGUCUGGCCUUUUCUCAAGUAAAUAAACCGGCUUCCCAAAGGGCGGAAUUUGUUGAAAGAAGUUCUUGCUGUGGGUUGAAAAUUGAAUAGAGUUCUAAAAUAAGGCAAUGUGAUUGUUUACUUCACCAUUUCUCGUCGCUCGUUUACGGUGUUUAGUCUGUGUUAUGAUAAGGUUCUCGCCAGUCACUACUGUGCAGAAGAAGUGGCCGUCGAAGGACUUGAUUCCAGGUCAACUGCUACCCUCAGCCUAACACCAUUUUCUCUGUCAAAAUCACUGUAUUUGGAACCUGUUUUUAGCAAGCUUAAGUUCAAAACCACCGACCACUUCAAAACUGUCACAUCGGUAUGAAAUUUUGGAUAUUAGAUGUUGCAGUUUUGAUUUAACUUUUUGGUUGGUUCUGUCUCAGUUUGAUGCUGGGAUUCAUGUUGACGACAGCUUUUCUGUCCAUGUGGAUCAGCAACACAGCUACCACUGCCAUGAUGGUGCCGAUUGUCGAAGCAGUGCUGGGAGAAAUAAAAAAUGAGAGCAUCAAGAACCAGCUGGAGAGAAAAGAAAAUGACAACAGCCAAACGAACGAGGUGAGUGAGAUCUCCAAAUAUGAUCCUCUUGUAUGACUGUCACUUGAUGGUCACUCUACAGUGUGGAGGGCAAUAAUGAAGAUGAUAGUAAUAGCAAUAAUAACAACAAUAGUCUCAAUAAAUAUCGAUUAACUAACCAGAGUGAAAGGUGUGUUCAAAGUUCCCCUGGAUGUGAUAAGCUUUGUUUUUAAGGUUUCGUUUUUCUCUGAACCACUCAAACUGUGCUUAUUGAGUUCAAUUAUCAGCGUAGAAUCCCGUAUCGAUGCUUCCUAGACGAUGAGAUAUGGAAUCAAACAUAUCAGAACCCACCGAUACUCCCAGAUUACGAGUAAUUUAUUCAUGACUGCAUCAAAAUCUUCUUCAGACGCAGUGUAAUCUAUCUCGCGAGAAAUAGAUUACACUGGGCUUAAUGGCUUAAGUAGAGAGAUUUUGAAAUGAAAAAAUAGUGUAGGACGAGACUCCGUAGUAGAAACAUAAGCCGGGUCGUUUGUUGGAAUUUUUCAAUUUACGCCCUUCUAAAGCGUAAAGCGUUCAAGAGUGGAAUCAAUAUGAGUGAAUUGCAUCUGUAAGGGAGAUCAUCAGCGUCCCCUUCAUUUAAAAGUAAUUUUUCAAUUGGGAGUCGAAAGUAACCUUGGAUUACAUUAGUUUUGCUCUGCUUUGCUCUGUGAUUAUUCUAGGGAGCUUGCGCCCCCGUUUCAACUUAUGCGAUGCAAAACCAGAACUAAGAGCAACUUGAUUGUUAAAGGUCUUCCACGCUUCAGGCUGUUUACCGGUUUUAUCUUUAAGCUCUCAUUUGCUUCCUUGUGAUAUUUUCUUUUCGUCUGAUUGGCCUGUGGUUUUGGUUUACGCUGGUCAAUUGAAAUGUGAUUUGUGUGAGUUUGAAUACGGUUGUCUGUCCCAGUUUCUAGCUGCAAUAAAAAGUAGGUCGAGUUAUAGUUUCUUACUCAAAUUAGGAAUAAUUUCUAGUUCCCGAUGCAAAUGAACGUUACGUAUGCUAUUUCUCAACGGCUUGGCGACCUUACUCUACAGCGGGCUUCUUUCCAACUUGGUGACAUGACUGUAGACAAUGCCAACCAGAUUGAUGAAAAGAAAGACGUCACAUUCCAGGAAGUUGAUAUCGUGAAAGAAAAGAACGACGCGGAUAGCGGAAUCAACUACAAAAAGGAUGAAAGGUAGACCCUACUUCAGAGUAGAAAAAAAAAUUUUCAGAAUGAAGGGUCGAAUGUAAUUUCGCAUCACGCAGGUUUUGUGACCACCCUCUGUGAUCUGUGAUCGGCCUUAAAACGCACGCCACUCUCCAAGCUGAUCAGGUUGUUUUUUGUUCAAAGUGGUCCUUUGGGCAGCCCAGCAUACAAACACAAAGCUCGUACAUAAGGCUCUCGUCAUAUAACGAUUUUCUCGCCAUAUUGUUGGCAUCCGAAGAGGCGCCAGCUAGGCCUGUGUUUUCCGGGCUUGAAGCUGGUCACGUGUAAAUUGCUUUGUCCUUUCAUUGGUCAUUGCUGUCUGUGUCUGUUCUGAUUGGCUGAAGUUAUUGCUUUGAUAUGUAAUUGUCAAUCUUCCAAAUGCCUGUUUGUUUUUAAAAAAUUAUCGGGAAAUUAUUAAUAAUAUUAAAUUUUCCCAUGUUUUUUCCCCAGAAUGUCCGCUGUAGAUUUACUGCGAGAGGAUAAAGAUAAUGAAGUAAUUAUUGCGGUUGCUGCUUUAGUUCUUAUUGGUUUCUAUAUAUUUCUUUAGUUAUUUUCUGUCAGUUGUUUUACCUCUCUCAAGAUCGAGGGCCGCACUGUAAGUUACGAACCGAGAUUUUUUCGCUCAGAUUUACGCGCGGGCUAUAAAUCCAGGCGGUAAAAAACGAGGUUCCGUAACUUAAAGCACAGACCGAGAAAACAACCUUAGUAAGAUACUUAUUAUAUCCUUGGGAUCCAAUAGAGGGGAGAAGAUUUCAAUUCUGACAACCAGUUCUGAAUUUAGUGAGCUAUACAGAGAAAUACGACCUGCUGAAUUGAAUAAAAUUAAUAGCGCGUGUACUUACUGAGAGAUACGGUGCCUCAUAUUGAAUAUAUUCUCUAUUCCUUUUGAAUGAGCCCGCAAUCGUAGAGGUGAGGAAUCUUUCAUGAGUGAAAACAACUGAGAUUUUGCAUUUUGAUCCAAAGAAACGCUAUUUGUAAAGGCUCAAGUUUUUAAUAUCACUCGUGGAUACUCAGAGAGACGUCGUGAAAAUUCUUUGUCGGUAAAGAAUUAUACAAUACGAUGACUUUUUCAACUCUCAAUGCGGACAUACCCAACCAGACACUAGCGUGGUAACCGUUAGCGGGCCGCCGUGUCUUCCGCAUUGUACUUCAUAAACAUACAGUUUUUCAUUUCAAAAUUGCUCGUGUUUCACCUAGCACCUUCACUAACACCUUUGCCGUUAGACCAGAAGUACAAGAGGGUUAUGUGUCUCUGGCUGCCCUCUAUUAUAACUCCCGAGUGGAAAUGUGAUUUAUGAACAUCACAUUUUAUAAUGUUCUACAGACAGCCGAAGACCAGUAUUACAACAAGCUUUGCAAGGCCAUGAUGUUAGCUGUGGCUUAUGCUGCAAACAUCGGUGGAACAGCCACCUUGACAGGCACUGCGCCCAAUCUGGUAUUUAGUGGACAGGUGAAUAGGUAAGUAUGGCGAUUUGUACUAAAUAAUUCACCUUAACUAACGUUAGUGGUUAUUUACGUUGCGUUACUUGGGUUACAUUACUAUGGCCAGUGGUAGGUAACACAACGCAAUUAACGCAAGUGGUAAGAAAUUGCGUGUUCUUUCCUUAUCUGUAGAAAACCGAGGUAAGGUUUCAACGUGGCCCUAACUCUUCGUUCAUCUGAAAUUUGCUCUGUCGUGAGAUUCACUAUUAGCUUUCUCCAUGAGCUUUCUUAGUUUGCGAUGCUGGUGGUUUUUUUUUCCCCUUGACACUGCAAGCGGCAGAGCCUUGAAAACGGGAAGGUCUGAGAACGGAGAAAAAUGAAAAGUAAUGAAGUUUUCCCUACCGUUUAAAUACUUUAUUUGAUAAACAAGAGCUGAGGUAGCUCGGGAAAACUAACCAGUUAGAGUGUAUUUUAAAAUUUUUAUACAUCACCAAAUUCUCUAGACUAAUUUUCUAGGAAAUGGAUGAAACUAACAUAACAUAACAUUGCAGUUAAAGGGUUUCCACGAUUUAAGAAGCAGUCUUUGUUACAUUCACAUUAUUGCCUUCUCUUCGUCUUUCAGCCUGUAUCCCGCCAGUCCAGGAUUUAGUUUUGCCUCUUGGUUUGGCUACGCUUUUCCUCAAAUGGUUAUUCUGCUGUUUGUAGCCUGGAUCUGGAUUCAAAUAAUGUUUCUCAAAUUUAGGUAUGUUAAACUACGCCGUGUGUAAAAUAAGCAUCUCACGCAUAAUUAUUACAGCGCUAUUGCAGCGCGCUUUUUCAUCAGGUGGUCGCCACAAUCGUUAUUAAGGUCAAUCAAACUUUCAAACCACCAACCACAACCUGUUCAUGACACUAUCCUCAACUUUCUUCGACGGAAGAUAAUACCUAAAGAUUUCGCCACUGUCUAACAACCUCACCACACGGGAAUGAUAAAUUGAAGUAAGAAGAGCUUUCUACACACAAAUUCAGUUAUUUUUAUUUUAAUCUAAUAUUAGAACAAAAUAUAAAGUAGAGGAAGUGGUGAGCCAAAAAGUGUCAAAUUACAGUUUUUCUGUUUGUACUCUAAACCAUUGAAAAAAGUCGGAAUUGUGAACUUUCAGUUCCGUCUUCUAACAUCAUCACUUCACUUCCUUAUCCAUUCAGCAUCCGUGAAUGCUGCCAUAGAUGCUUCUGUUGCUGUUUCCGUAAGUCACAAAGAUCGCAAGAGAGGAACAAUCAAUCUGCUAAGGCCAUCAAGCAGGUUUUGGCGAAUCAAUACAGAUCACUUGGGCCAAUGUCGUAAGAUUCAGUGACUUUUCUCAUAAAAAGUUAACGCACGUAUGCACUUAUGUAGUUUGACUUGUAUAACACUGCGAAUAAGCUGAGAAAUAUUUAGUAUUAUCGAUCUAAUUAUCUUACCUAAAUUUGACGCACAAAAUGUACAUCUUGAGCUGACAACAGCUCUGUGAAUGCAUAUAUUGUUAACACAGUCAAAGACAGCCAGCUUGGUUUAAGAGUUGAAACUAUAUAGUGUGCAAAUGAUCACAAUCUGUAACAUACAAUUUUAAAACACUGGUUGUCCUUGCAAUCUGAUUGGUUGUCAUCGGUGCGAUUUAUUCCCGAAUUGCAUCUCUUAGAGCAAAGCAAUUUUACACAAGAAAUCAGUAAAAAAGAUUCUGUCCACGGAGUAAAGGACUCAAAGUCAUCACUGAACAAUAUUUUUCAUAUUUUAUACUGGCAGAAUUUUUUCCCAGAGGACUAAAGAAACUCUCCAUCUUUGUUUCCAGGUUUGCCGAGAAAGCCGUGCUCGGUCAUUUUAUUUUGUUAGCUUUAUUGUGGCUGUUUCGUGAUCCGAAAUUUAUGAAAGGAUGGGCCAUUUUAUUCAAGAAAGAGUAAGUAUCUUUUAUGCAAUGCUAAUUCCUCUGUUAAAAAUGUAAGCGGCAUUGGAGGUCUUACAUCUGUGUUUUUCUUCAAUUUUGAUUCAGUGUUAUAAAAUAUCAGUUUUUUUGACAAACAUGGAAAAAGGGUUUGGGAGUCCACGCCCUUUCCACUUUUUAUGAAAAAACGGCUAUCGUUCUGCUUUAUUUUUCAGUUACGUCCGUGACGCCACUGUGGCCAUUUUUAUCUCUUUCUCUUUGUUCGUAUUUCCCUCUCAGAGGCCGGUGUUUUUUGCCCCCGAUCGAUCAGGUGAGCUUUUUUCCUACUCCUCACAUUUAUAAGCUUGGCUUAAAAGCAACUGCUUUAUAUUUUAGAUUUGUUUAAGGCGUUCCGUGCUUUGUGUCGAGUUGUGAAAAUGCCAUUGCUUUAACUGAUGUUUUUUUCAGUCGUUAAAUUUGUAAAAUUUGCCGUAAGCCCUUAAUAAACGCUACUUUUCUUGCUUAGUCAACAAACCGCCACCCGGACUUCUAAAUUUCAAGGAGAUGUCGAGGAAGUUUCCAUGGAAUAUCGUCAUUUUGCUUGGCAGCGGGUUCGCCCUUGCAGACGCUUGUAAGGUAAGGUUUUUAUAGCAAUAAUCAUAGCACAGUAGACAUAAGAAAACCAAUUUUCCUUCAGCACUUAAAUUUACAUCAAUUGUGACUCUCUUACAAGGUGUCUGGUCUAUCCAAGUGGGUUGGUUCCCAGCUGGCACACCUCAACACCAUUCCAGACUAUGCAAUUGUCAUUAUCGUGUGUGUAAUGAUCACCACAUUCACGGAAGUGACCUCGAACACUGCAACGGCGACUAUCUUUCUUCCUAUUCUGGCUUCGUUGGUAAGUUCUGUUAAAGUGUAUUUGGAUUUACAGUCCACAGGAAAGACUGAAAGAAUCAGUCAAUCUACACAAACAUAAACAUAAAAGUUGUGUAUGAGCCACAGUGACUUCAUGACCCUGAAAAGUUUUGUUUUAAUUCGCAGGGAGAAGAAAUUGGUGUUCAUCCCUGGUACCUUAUGCUUCCUGCUGCCAUUUCUUGCUCGUUCGCUUUCAUGUUGCCGGUUGCUACACCUCCAAAUGCCAUCGUAUUUUCUGGCGGACAUCUUAAAGUAAAAGAUAUGGUAUGUGUGUUUUGCUUCAAAAGAUCGGGGUUGUUCUAAAACAAGAAUGGGCGCAGGAAAAUACCAAAUUGUGCCUGGAAAUUCACAAAGUGCAUGCUGCCUUAUACCAUUGGAAAUUUAUGUACAUUUCGGCACAUGACCCAAAAUCAUAGAUGAUGUUCAGGUUUGGCGAAUACCAGAGAGAUGACAAUUACCUUAAAGUUUCAGCUGUUUGACGCCUCAAGCUACAACACCUUUACAGUAGUCUUUCCAGCUUCUUUCAUAGCGUUGAGUAGGAGUAAAAGUUAAUAAUAUUCUUUUUUGUGUGUAAUCAGACUGAUUGUUUCUUCCCAUUGUCAUGUCCUCUUAAUCUUCUACUCAACAAUUAACGUUUGUGUGUUCUCUUAGGCGAAGGCUGGCUUUGGUAUGAACAUCCUCGCUGUCACAGUACUGGUAAUUUGCAUACAUGUUUACGGAGUUCCAAUGUUUAAUCUAAGUACUUUUCCAAGCUGGGCUGGAGGUAAAAGUGCAACACCGACUGUUGGUUACAAUCAGACGGUUUUAUGCCAGAAUUUCACUUCUUCCUAAGAUGACGGCUCACUGGUAAUUUGUAAAACGAUACAUGCAUAAAUGAACUCGAAAUUUGCCCGUAAUCGCUCACUCUCGUUCCCAGAGUCCUCGUUUCUUUAGUUACGUAAAAAAGCGAGUGGCCGCGGGGAUGAAUGAAAACAGUGACAGUAAAUUUCCUCGUCAUAAGGGCCUUUCCGGGGGGAGGGGAGAGUCAGGUUUCUUUGUUCCCAGAAAUUUUCUAGUAUGUCAAUCCUUUUUAUGGUUAAUUUAUUGAACAAAAUUGAUUUCACAGGAGGGGCUCUGAGCUAAAUCCCCCAGUUUCCAGAAGUUAAGGGUUCCGUGUUUCCUUGACCUCAGGAACUUUUCAAGAAUGAUCAAUAUGUAUUUGUUCAUUCAAUCAUAUAUGUCUAUAAAUGCGACUUCAGCUAGGAGAGGCAUAACUUAAGCCGGAAAGCCCUAAAGUUAUCCUUACUGUUACAUUCUAUAGUAAUAUUUUCAUUUUUUUCUACAAUUGAAUGAUCUUGUUCUUUCAUUUCCUAAACCCCAGGAAGGCCCUCCUCAUAAAUCCAUGGUGACGCAUUUAUCAUUGAUUUUUGGGUGUCCUUUACAUUUUUUUCAAUGGAAGGGUUCAAUUUUUCUUUAUGUGAUAUUUUGGCGCUUGAAAUAUCGCACUUACUCCUGGGUCAAGAUACAUAUUGAGCUGUUAACGCGCAUAAAUGUUGCGACAAUUUACUAUAAACUUUUUCUCUUCAAUUUUAAUUUAAUGGUCCUAAUAUGUCGAUUGUGUACAGAAAUGUCGACCAAAAUGAGUUAAGUAUUUCCAAAGAGGUUAUACUUUCACGUUUAGUCUAAAUUGCUCGUGAUUAUUUUUGAAACAUGUACACAAGUGAACAAUUAGUCUUAAAACGUAAAUAAAUGAUUUUUCUCAAAAUGGAAAAGCUUUUGCAACACAACACUGAAGUCGUUUCCGUCAAAUGUAAAGCGUGAUUUGUAACGGCACAUCUUUAGGACUCUAUAUACAGAAUUUGUAUGCGCUAGAUGUGAUAAUAAAGUCUUUUUUUAAGUCUCACGAGUCAUGUGUUAUUGCUCGACUCCGCAGAAGCAUUCAAUUUUGUCAAUCUACCAAAUGUUCUCUUCCAGCAUUCGUGAAGAAAUGGCGUCCCUACACCAAGUGGAGAUUAUUGUCGUAGUGAACACUACUAGACAGCCUUACGCAAUCACAAUUGCGUUGAAUUUAAAUAUUCGAAUUUCGAGUAACUCUUGAUGUUUUUCACUGAGUCUAACAACAACGAGAGUGGGUCGGAACAGAAGAUUUACUACCAGAACAAUGACUGCAUGUAUUCUUAAAAACUGCCUAUUGAACAGCCGUUCUUUGCAAAGUAAGAGCGUAAAAUUACCCGACGAUGACGGCAACGAUUACAGAACCAUGGACCAUACAAAAGUAAGGGAAAAGGGCACGUCCUUUUAAACAGUUGCUGCCCACGUUUGCAUGAAAUCUGUUGGAGUAAUUAGAGAGAGGAAGUUAAGGUGCAGUAAAUUCUCAAAGGUUUGAGUCAACCUAAACAUGGGUAUAUUUGUUCCUUCUCUGGAACGAAAAUUUUUUCGCUUAUGAUUCGUUAGUUUAGAUAAGAGAGAGAAACAUGGCGUUUUGGAAACAGGAGGCGAGUGUGCUUCAGGGCUUUUUCCUGUUAUGUGCUGGUUAAGUUCGAAAUUCCACAAAAAGUCAUGCUGUGCAUAGGCUGUGAUGCGUGAGCUGUUCCGUAAGACGGGAAAGCGUGACGUUAUAACCAAACGUAGCAACGAUGGGAUUUGACCUAUGUAUGUUUUUAGAAUCGCACACAAUUGUUGUCUAAAAAAGAAGAAUACCACAGAUGCUAUGUUUGGCCUAGUCAGUACACUUCUCCAAUUGGGACCUAAGAAAAUUGAGGCAAAUAUCAGAAUGAAAUUGUAUAACAAUGUCAAACUGAGGUUCUAACCACCCAAAUUACUCACUUCGUGCUGUGUUAACCUUAACAUUAAGAAUUUUUUCUGAUCUUAUCGGUUUAUACUGUAGAUUGUAGAGAAAGAUGAGUGAAUCUGACGGAAGACCUGGAGGCUAUAGUAAUCUCCAAGAGGCAGAGACAAAACCGUUUACUGAGGAGUCGGCUCGUCCUAACGAAAACUGUAAAGAACCGGUUAAAGCGAAACGUGUUCCAUUUCUAAAACGAAUUCUAGCAUGGAGGAAAUACAUAAUACUGAUCAUGACGCCGACACUACUGAUGCCUUUACCCAUCGCUGUGAGAGGAACGGUGAGAUAUGCCUUUGUGGUAAUAGACUUCUCUUAGGGUUGCGGUGGGUUUUCAUUUGAUUACUAUACAUUGGUCAUCAUAAAAGAGCAAUUAACUGAAUUGUAAAACGAGGGGUAUUAAGGAGCUUAAUCUCACAUAUUUUUGAGACCUGGAUGGCUGUCAGAAGUGGAGUGUUUAAUCCCAAGUUCCCGUUUUUUAUUUUUUUGUCUGGAAAAGCUAGGGCUUUCCAGUUGAUUUAUUGAUGUUGAAGCACGCCAGAAGUAUCAUGUGCUCAUUCCCCUUCAGUCCUCCUUCCUUACACAAGUUCCAUAUCAACAUAUCCUCAAGGAAGGAGAGUGGGUUCGCGCAAAAAGCGACAAUAGUCAUUUGCACCUGCGUUUGACUCUCUCAACCAGACCUCCCUUCUCAACCAUAACCAGUAAUCUUUAAGGCAAAAACUCUUCGCAGGGAUAAACAAGAACGCAAGAUUCUUUGAGAAAACAGUUCUAUUGAUUGACUGCACGGUUGACUGAUUGUGAGCGACAGUUGCUCCUUCGUUAUACUGAGUAAAUCGUAUAAUAAGCGACAUCUCGAGACAUAGGUCUUGACAACUGAUCAAGACUGUUUGAAAAGGAAUUAUUUAAUUGUAAGAUACUAGAUGAUGUGAUGAUUACCAGUUGACUUGAAGGAGAAGAAUGGCCUGCACGGCUUUUUUUCCUUGUCAUUUAACAGUUUAAAUCUAAAAAUUGUGCUAUCUACUGCAUUUCAAGUAACAACUACUGCUCUAGUUCCCGCACAAAAAAAUCGUUAUUUGGAUCAGAGCUACCUUUUCGUGUAACUCUUAAUUGUUUAAAGAGAUUGCUAAGAGAUGAAAAAAAAUAAAUAAAUAAAGCAAGAACCAGUCGCUAGUAAGAAGCGGGGCUGACGGGCAAAAUUAAAAAUUACGGAGUUCAACACCUGAAAAGACAUCGUUCAGGUUACCCUUUGGAAUCUCAAAAGGCGAUCAGUGUCAUAGUUUCAUAAAUUCCUUUGAGUAUAAGGAUCAAUGUCAGUCAGUCCUACCCCUUCCCGCAUGCAAAACCGUGUAAACCGAUAAAUUGUCGUAUCCCAGCUAGUUAUCAAAACCCUAAUCAAUCCGACGCAGUGGUGACAAGUGCAGCACAUAGAGCUUUUGCUGCUUUGCGAGAUCAGAUAACUGCCGAACUCAGAUCGAAGUGAAACCGGAACCGAAAACUACAUCGGAUACCAAAUCCGAAACCCAUUAAAAUUUUUGAUGGAAAUUGAAAAACCAACUGUUAAAAAACGGAAAAUCCGUCACACACAAUAAACGCCAAAACCGAAAAACAAAAGUUUUCUGGCACAAAAAACCGAAAAACCGAUCUAAAAAAUAGCCAAUAACGCAAAACCGAAAAACCCAAUGCCCCCUCUUGCUCUGAUAUUGACAUUGAUCCGAGGAUUACAUCUUUCGGAACAUACUUCCCCUUUUAGAUCAAGUUUUAAAAAAUGUUUUCAUUGCACCAGGAGUCCCGCUGUGCGUACUGUAUCCUGAUCAUGGCGGUGUACUGGGUGACAGAGGUUGUGGAGUUGGCCGUCACAGCUCUUCUCCCAUUGGUUCUUUUCCCCCUAUUUGGAGUCCUGGGCUCUAAAAAAGUCUCCACUCCUUACUUCAAAGACACAAAUGUUCUGUUUUUCGGCGGCCUAAUCGUAGCUGUGGCUGUUGAACAGUGGAACUUGCACAAGCGGAUCGCUCUUCGUGUUCUCUUGCUGGUCGGAGCUCAGCCACGACGGUUAGUCAGUUAUGACGGGACGGGAAGGAAGGGGUGGCUAGGGUGUGGUCAGGGGGGAACACUCAUUGCUGAAAGGAUCCGAAGGAAUCAUUGACCCCUUCAUACGCAGAACUGUAGUACUUUGGUACAUCAGUCUGAUGUAGUUUUCGAUUCCAUUAUUUACCGUCCCAAGAAUUUUCGGGUGAAAUAGAGAAGUCACCAUUUUGUAUUCUAAACAUAGAUGUGAAGAUUCAAAUCGUUAAAAAAGCAGAAACUUAAAACACAAGCGUUCUACUUUGACCAUGAUCAAAAACUAAGGGUUUGAAUGUGUUAGAGUCUCAGCACUGAUGCCAAACAACUGUCCUACGAUAAUUAAGAUAAGAAUGUAAUUCAGCUUUAACAUGCUAUCGCUCGUUGUUUUUAGUCAGAGCGAAAAGCGGAAGUGAACAGCCGAGAGGGGCUAUGACGGGUGAAACAUCUGACAGACUACUAGCCCUUCGUCACUUUCUGCGUUGUCUAAAAGGGCAUCCAAUGUAUACCCCGUUAGGUCAAGUGCGCUUUAUUUAUCACAAAAAUAAAGAGCGGGCCCCGCUUAGAGCAGAGAUUGGUGAUUGACGUUGUUGUGGUCUAUUAGCCACAUGCGUAUUGUUAUAAAACCUAGAGUUACUUUUAAUGCUGCUUCAAAUCCGAUAACAAACGAAACCUGAAGGAAGUCCAUUACAAUCGUUAAAGAAGCAAUCAAAUGAAUUCCUGGUAAUAUUCCAGAAGUAUCAGUUAAAGAAAUCAUUAAAGAAUUGCUUUUAAAUUUCUUCACAGGUUAAUGCUUGGUGUUAUGCUAACCACGUCAUUUCUGUCCAUGUGGAUCAGCAACACAGCUACCACUGCCAUGAUGGUACCGAUUGUCGAAGCAGUGUUGGGAGAAAUAAAAAACGAAAAUAUACAAAUUUGGCCAGAGAAUAACAGCAUUGACAACGAACAGGAAAAUGACGUAAGUUUUUAGAAGAAAGUUAAGUAGCUGAGUCAGUUUGUUUGUCAGAAGUCAUAGAGUAAGUGAGUCAGUUAGUCUGUCAGUCAGUCAAUCAGUCAGUAAGUCAAUCAGUAAGUCAGUCAGUCUGUCAGUCAGACAAUCAGUCAGUCAGUCAGUCAAUCAGUCAGCUUGUAUGUUAGUCAGUCAGUCAGUUGAUCAUGUAGUCAGCGAGUCAGUGAUUCUACUAGCUAAUCAAUCAGUGAGUCGUUGGGUCAGCCCAUCUGUCCAUCUUUCUGCUACUUUUUGUCUUUCUGUCUGUUCGUCAAUCACCUCUACAGACAGACAGACAGUCAUUCAUUCAGUCAGUCGGUAAGUCUGUCAGUCUGCCAGUCUGUCAGUAAUCAGGUGCUAGUGGUUCGAUUAUAUCCGAUCCUGAUCAGUUGUUCACUCAUUUAGUCACUUGGCCUCUAACGUGAGGUAUUUUUGUUUACCUUGUGUUCAAACUGAUCUUAAUUUAUACUAUUAUUGUGAGUUAACUUUUCCUGAUUACCGGAUUGAACAUAUCCUACCACAGAAUGCUUCCUUGGAACUUAGCGACCGGAGCAAAGUCAAAGAAGAAGACAAUGCGGUCGGAGUUCAGGAACAUAAAAUAACAAAAGAAUUGGGCGAAGAUGAAACUGACCUCUGUGCUAAGAGAGAAGACAGGUAGAAUUGCUGGUACCAAAACUUUGCUACCCGAGGAAUUAAAUUUGACCCACGACUGAUGGAAAAAACCCUUUUCUUAAAAAAAUAAUGAUUGUAUUCUUUACUCCCUACAUCGAAUGGAAAUGGAUGGUGUCCUUCAGAUACUUUUUAAUUACUGAAAUAAAAACGCUUUCUGUCAUUAAAUUUAUCAGUUGAAUUGGUUUUUCAUCUCUUAUCUGUGCUUAACUGGAAUUUUUUCUUAUUUUUCAACAUUUUAGAAUGGCUGCUGUAAACUUAUUGGAAGGAGACGAGGAAGCUAACGUGAGUUUUGCAGCUGGCAUGAAAAUUAAUUUGUAAUUGUAAAUUUUAGUUACGGUUAUAAGAGGGUUCAGAUAACAUUCUGGUCCUCUGGAUGCUCAAUACAGCAGUAGCAACAACAAGAACAACACAUUCAUUUAGAUACGAUUUUAUCUCGGUGCACAAACCCUAAUCUGUAUACACCUUCCCCCCCCCCACUGUCAAAAAGUUGGGAGGGUGUCAGUUCCCAUGGGGACCAUAGCCAAUGGAUGUAGUUGGCUACUAUUAUUGAAAAGCAAUCUAAAUGAGUAUUCGUUUUUUAUAGAACUACAAACUAUUAUACUAUUUCAUCUGCAGGAAGCAGAAACUCAAUACUUCAACAGACUCUGCAAGGCAAUUAUGUUAGCUGUGGCUUACGCUGCAAACAUUGGUGGUACAGCCACCCUGACGGGCACUGGUCCAAAUCUGGUGUUUGGUGGACAGGCAGGCCUGUAAGUGAAUUAAAAAAGCAAAAAAGAAAUAAGCAGACAAAAAUGAACUUAGUGUGUGACUUAGCUCGCCGACCACACCGUUAAUUAUUUAUUACGGCGAAUCAAAUCGAAUCCUCUCCUGAAAACAAACAAGAAGAACAAACAAACUUAAAGACAAACACUGAAUAGAUUCCCACAACCCAAUUCUCCCUUUAAAGAUUCCCACAAUCCAGUUCUUCCUAUACAGGUUCCCACAAUCUUCUUCUUCCCAUCCAGGUUCACACCGUCCUCUUUUUUUUUUCUGGUUCUCAUAAUCCUCUUCUUCCACGGAGGUUCCCACAAUCCUCCCCUUCCUAUACAGGUUCUUAUAACUUAUGGUUAAUAACCUUUUUCUUAUUUCAGUCUUUUUCCUAAAAGCGGAGGAUUUAGCUUUGCCUCAUGGUUCGGUUAUGCUUUCCCUCAAAUGGUGAUUCUUCUGUUUGUGGCCUGGAUCUGGAUUCAGUUACUGUUCCUCGGUUUUAAGUAUGCUCGAAUAAACAGUUUUUAAACCCAUUUUCAUCGAUAGCUGUAAGAUUAGGCCAAAAGACAAAGCUAAAAUUAAAAGAAGAUAAUGAGAACUCGUGUCAAAUUUACGUUAGUGGCCUCAAAAAGCCACGGACAUGCUUGUGACCAGAAAUUGCGUUUGACGGGUAGUCAUUGGGGCGCGACUCCGUUAGACCUAACAAGAAAAGAGAGAACAAAACCAAUGCAAUCUCGGAUGUUUUCCCGGAUUGUGUUGUAAAAUUUGGGAUCAGUCACACACUGAGCAAAAACGCACCUACCCCUUCCCUGACCCAACAACAGUCAACUGAUAACAAGUUAACGUUGGGUUAAGGGAGUAGUAGGUGCGCCGUUGCUCAGAUACCGACAUUGAUCCGAAAUUUGCAUUCUGUUUCUUUUUAACAUCAUUGUUCAAUAACUGGAGUUAUUACUAAUAGUAACAUCUAACUCUUUUCCGGAACAGAAGUGAACAACAGUUCUUUAGACUAGCAAUCUCACUGAAAUUAAAGUGAAAAUUAUAGGGCUCUGCGUGCUAAUCGAUUUAUAGACUAGUGAAGUGUUCCUGAGCAGGUUUACAAAUAAGCUCCCGUCAUUCAUUGGUCAAAAUGUGAAAACUAAAGUAGAAGGGAAAGUGGGGCAAAUCGGCCGGAUUUAUAUCUUACCCGUGGGACUUAGAUUGAAAUUCCCGGUAGAGAUGCCCCUGAGCGCUGCUCGACCACUAAGCAUCCGAGAUCAACCUCCCACCGUUGAGAUGUCCCUUUGAACGCACAGUGUUAUUUCGUGUUUAGUUUCCGCAAGUGUUUCCACAAGUCUUCAGGUGGGCGGGAGAAAGAUAGCCGAUCAACUCAAGCAAUUAGACAGGUUCUGGUGGAUCAGUACAGAGCACUGGGACCGAUGUCGUAAGUACUGUUUACUAAACCAUUCGGACUGGCUCUCUCAUCAGCCCCGUGCUCACACAUCGUUCGAUUAAUUACUCAAUCGAACAUUUAUAGGAAAAUAAAAAAUUUUCUAGAGAGGGAAAGAGGAAAAGAAGGAGAGAUGUGGAUGGGGGAAAAGAACACGGCUGCGAUGAACUCCCUGAAGAUUCGAAACGCGAAGAAGGUCAUUCGUAAAGUUAAAGUAAUUAAUCAUUGUUUAUCCUAAUUUGUACAAAUUAUGCAUUUGCAGGUUUGCCGAGAAAGCCGUCCUUGGCCACUUCAUCCUUUUAGCCUUGCUGUGGCUUUUUCGUGAACCAAAAUUUAUGAAAGGAUGGUCAAUAAUAUUUGAGAAGGGGUUAGUAUUUAUUACCAGAAGGAAGAGUCAGAAAGGGGAAAGCUUUUAUUUGCAUCGUUGUCCUCCUGGAAAAUUUUUUAGACGCCCAUACUACUCACUUGCUUCCUUCAAUGUUAUACUUCAAACUUGUUUCCUCGUUUUUUUUUGUUUGUUUUUUUUUUCAGUUACGUUCGGGAUGCCACAGCUGCUAUGUUCGUGGCCUUUUGUCUGUUUGUGUUCCCUUCACAAAACCCGUGAUCUUUACCCCUGAUGGGUCAGGUAAGAUGGGAUAAACUAUGUUCCACUAUUUUGAAGAAAACUAUUUUGAGAUUAGAAUGUUGAAUAUCAAUACUGCGGCAACACCGAUCUUGUACUCUAUCUGUACCACAGUCACACCUGAUCGUGCGCUGGGCUCCUUUUUUCCCGUUGGAAAAAAAAAGAACAAGUAUACAUUUGCUUACGCAUGGUUACGGACAUAAAGAGCAAUUUCCUACCCCGCCCUCCCCCCCCUUUUCGGCAGAGUACGAUCGUAAAGAACCACGCGACAAAGAAGACAUGUAUGGAAAUCAUUCAGCCAAGAGAAGACUAUGGAAGGAAAUCUGGCAUCUAGAAACAUCAGAGAAUGCUUUUAGAUAAAGAAAGAAGGACUUCUUCGACGAACAUAUGCUUUUCUUCCUACAUACAGUGAGAAAGCCUCCACCCAGUCUCUUGCAGUUUAAGACGAUGUCUAAAAGGUUUCCAUGGCACCUUGUCAUGCUGCUUGGAAGUGGAUUUGCUCUGGCGGAAGCUUGUAAAGUAAGUUACAAUUCAUGUGGCUUAUAUCAAUCCUCCACUUUCGUUAAAACAGAACUCACAUGCCACAAUCCAUGGUACGACAAAUCCUUUCAAGUUUAUCUGGUAUGUUAUCACGUUUUGUGAAUUUUUUUCAAUGCAGGCAACAAAAGGUGCACCUUUAACACCGCAGUAAUCCGAAAAAAAAGAAGAUUCCAUCUCUAAUGAGAUAAUGCCAUAACAUCGUCAUCUCAGAUUAAGAAAUGACAAUUUAAAUUUAUUUAAGAAGGCCGAGAGUUUUGCUCCUUAUCUUGUAAUUAAACCUCUAUAGGCAAUUUGGUUCGCAUUCAAAUCGUGUAACUAUUCUUUAGUUCCCACGGGGGGAAGGGGAGGGAGGUAUCUGGUAUCUUUCUACAGUUUUUUAAAGAAAUGUGGAUUACAAAGGGAUUUUGGAUUAAUUGACCCUCUCGCUGUCAGGUUUCAGGUCUGUCUGAGUGGGUUGGUGCCCAGCUAAGGCAACUUGAUGCCAUUCCAAGUUACGCUAUCGUGAUGUGUGUCUGUAUCAUGAUCACCACAUUCACUGAAUUCACUUCUAACGUAGCAACAGCCACCAUUUUUCUACCCAUACUGGCCUCCUUGGUAAGUUUCCUUUUCCUGAUUAUCGUAUUACCACGAUCUUGAAGAACCUUGCAAAAUAACGAACUAAAUGAGGUAACAAGCUCAAAGAAGCAGAAAGUCUUCAACGGGUGAAGCUCAACUGAGGGAACUAUGAUCUUUAACGGAGGAAUACUCAAUGUCCAAGUACAAAUAUACCAGCAUAUCUUCAGUAGAUCAGAGUAAUUUUCACCGGAGCGCUCAUUAACUUGUAACAGAGCCACAAACUUUGUGAAAAAACGUUGCUCAGACAAUGUCUCAUGUAACAGCGUCUAGUAAACUCAAUUGUACGACUAAUAUAAUAUUUCCACAGGCAAAAGCGAUCAAAGUUCAUCCUUGGUACAUCAUGAUUCCUGCUACAAUUUCUUGCUCGUUCGCUUUCAUGUUACCAGUUGCCACACCUCCAAAUGCCAUCGUGUUUGCUGGCGGACAUCUUAAGGUUAAGGACAUGGUUAGUAUAAGUCACUUUUUUCAAUUUAUACAAACCGUCGUUAGCCUUUCCUAUCUAGAGCACGGACGGGUCAUUAUUUUAAGGUCUCUAAUAUUUCUCUGAGGUUCUCUGAUUGGUGGCUUCUUGGAUUUAAACUUGUCAUUCGUGGGAAUUGGUAUUCAAUAGAAUACACUACACAAAUAUUUGCAAAGCGAGUCAUCAGAACGAUUACUUUUUUUAUUUCAUCAAAGUUUCCGUUGAUAGAAAUGCGGAAUUCAUUGUGGAAUUCAUAUUUGUAUUGACUGGCCGAUGUCAUCGUUAUGGUUUUGGUAUUUCGACACUCCAUCGGUAACUGCUCUAUCACAAGGAACUAAUUCAUUACCUGCGGCACGGAAUUGGUAGUAGCAAAGCUCUUCUUUUUUUUUUAAAGGGGGUAAGUUUUUAAAGAAACUCUAGCGCUCCAUUGGUGGUGGUUGGGGCGUGGGUGGGUGAGUGGGUGAGAGGGUGAGAGGGUGGGUGAGAGGGAAGGUAUAACAACAUCACUUGUUUUUAAAAACUGAGUUGCUUUGUAAAUUGGCCACCGGAAAGUUUUUGAAGCAGACGUUUCGAGUGUUAGCUCUUUGUCAGAGUUUAUAGGGCUAAAGCUCGAAAAGUCAGCUUUAAAAGCACUUUUCGACUCAGUUGAUAGAACCAAAUCACCCUUUGGUUACAGUUUUGUUCAUGUUUGUGUGCACAUUCAUUUUCACCCUUGACAUCCACGGAGAAACUAGCUAUUGUCUCUUUCGUUUUUCUUUAAAUUCAGGCAAAAGCAGGUUUGGGAAUGAAUCUCUUGGCAGUGAUAGUGCUUGUGAUUUGUAUGAACACAUACGGAGUACCAAUGUUUGAACUGCAUGACUUCCCAGACUGGGCUGGAAGCAGCGGUGCAAUCAGUUCUACUGCGACUCCGACUCCCUCUGGCAAUAUCACGUUGUUAUGCCUUAACUUUACUUCUUCGUAAACUUUGGGUUCGCCCGUAAUUUGACAACUUUUAGAUUGAGGAGUUAGCAAUCGUAGGUUUCCAGGGUGUCUCUCCUUUCCAUUCCUCUAGGAGACGGAUAAACGGGGAAAAGAGAUCAUUACACAAGAACGAAGAUAGAGCAGCACAUUAGAACACAUUCAGCGAUUUACUUCGAAAACGGAUGGACUUUAAAUAUUUCCUUUUCCCUGUGAUAAACUACACUUGUCUGAAGGGAUAGUUUCUAUCGAAAGCGAGUCCUUUCCACAAGCGACGUAAUGAUCACUAAUCCCCAUUCCCAAAGUGCUGUGCUUAGGUACCGUAGUCAUCUGUCCAACUUCUGUACCAUAAAAAAUUAUGGCUUUUCAUUUUCAAAGUCUGUCCUUCUUGGCAUCGUUAACUAGUUCCCUUUUUGUUUUCUUUGAUUGUUUCGGAUGCUUUUCUAAUCUGGAAAUAUAUUACUCAGAGGUUUCAUUCCAAUUAGCG